AUGGAUCCAAUUCCAGUAUGGGUGAGGAGACUUUGGGAUGCGUGGGAUCUACGGCUAUUGGUUCUCCUAAGUCUCUCUCUACAGAUCAUCCUUACCCUAUUUGGCAACCGCAGAAAGUCCAUAUCGUCGCCAUGGAUUAGUGUCCUUAUUUGGUCGGCCUAUUUAAUUGCCGAUUGGGUAGCAACCGUUGCCUUGGGCAAGCUCUCUGAUGCCCAAGGCGAUUAUGACAAUGGCAACGCAUUGAGGGCCAUAUGGGCACCUUUACUUUUGCUACACCUUGGCGGUCCCGACACAAUUACGGCCUACUCUUUGGAAGAUAUUCAUCUAUGGAAGAGACACCUUCUCGGACUAGUGGUUCAACUUUCUGUUUCAGUUUAUGUUAUUCUUAUGUCCUGGAAACAUUCUUGGUUUUCAAUUAUGUCAAUCCCAGCAUUAGUGGCUGGAUUUAUCAAGUAUGGGGAGAGAACAUGGGUUCUCAUGUCAGUGAGUCGUGAUAAAUUCGGGGAGAUUGUGCCGUUGGGCAAUGUAGGCAGUGAUCAAAAUCUUGGCAAUGAUAACACGUUGGAGGAUCAAAAUUCUAUACGCGUUUUAUGUGCUGCCCAAAAAUGUGUCAAGAAUUUUAAGGGAUAUACACAGAAUUACGACAUCUGGAAUUUCAGGUUCAGUUUGGAAAAUAUAGAGCUUGAUGACAUUAGCUUGUUCUGGAAUGUCAUAGAGGUUGAAAUGGGGCUCAUGUUCGAUUUGUUAUACACAAAGGUACCCAUAAACUUUAAGAAGGGCGGAUGGAUUCUGCGUUGCAUCACUUUCUCUUGUACGAUGACUGUGUUGAUAGGAUUAAUCCUCCGACUUAUUUUCACUGGGGAAGAUCGAGAGAAAUGGCAUAAGGUUGACAUUGUCAUCACUGAGGUGCUACUAGUAGGAGUUCUAGCAUUGGAGAUUUAUGCAAUCAUUUCGCUGUUUCUCUUUUCUGAUUGGGCGAUGCUUUGGCUAAUUAACCACAAUAGAGCCAAACAAGUAAUCCAGUUAAGGAAAAUAAAAUCAUGGCUUUUCCUCCCAAAACAGUAA